GUGGACGCGCAACCAUAAAGGAAGCUCGCAAAAGUAGCGGGAGCAUAGUCGUGCAUCGUUUAUUCAUCCGUACGGAACGUCGCAGCAAUCGUACUCCAUUCUACUCAUAAAGCAUCAGAAAAGUUAUUUAUUCUGUAAAACUCAUUGCAUUGCCGACUCGUGCAGUACUACUGUCGAAUUUUGUGUCGAAAAUAACGAGUCGCGAGCGAUGCGAGAUUCAUUCUCGCACCCGAGCGAAGUUGGCCGUCAAGUAGCGAGUGUCGACGUUUGAGUGGACGCGCGGGCGACGACCCAUAAAAGGGGAACCGCGAGAGUGGCGGCUGCACAGUCGCGCACCGUCUAUCCGUUGGUACGGAACGCGCGGCAACGUAUUGUAAUAUUCUGUUCCAUUCGGCGUAUCGGGCUAACAUUUGGCAGCGGAAGCAACAAUUAUGUUCUCGAGGAUCGUCCCAUCGCUGGCCGCCAACCCGCUGCACUAUUGAAACUUCGUCGUGCGUACGUAUGGCGUAUGGCUUACCCUAUGGCAUGGCAUCGCAGAACAUCGCACUGUGCGUCUUUAUCGCUGCUUUUCUCCACGUCAGUCUCGGUCAAACGCCGCCCAAAUCCGAGGUCCUGCCCGAGUUUCUGGCACUCUUGGAAAAUCAUACGGUCACUCAAGGUCGCGACGUCUCCUUCACCUGUGUCGUUAAUCAUCUUCAGUCUUACAAGAGAGAAGCCGCGAGCGACGCCACAAACGUCAAGAUGUUUUCCUUGGAUCUGCAUAGCGAAACAAUGCAAAUCAAGCGGAACCAUCGAGUAUUCGAUGUAUUUUCCAAAGACAAAAAGACAAGAGAAUGUGUAUCGUCGAGGCAACGUGGAAUCGUAGAACAUCGCGUCGCCUGGAUAAAGUCGGAUUCGCGUGCGAUUUUGGCCAUUCACACGCAUAUGGUGGCGCACAAUCCACGCUUGUCCGUCACUCACAACGGCCAUAACACAUGGAAGCUGCACGUGACUAACGUUCAACCGAACGACUCCGGCACGUACAUGUGUCAAGUUAAUACGGAUCCUAUGAGAAGCCAGACCGGUCACAUGAAAGUGGUGAUACCGCCCGAUAUCAUGGAUCUGGACGACACGGCGGAUUCCUUAACCACGAAGGAGAACGGCGAUCUGCAAUUGCGGUGUCGAGCGACCGGCAACCCGGAACCUGUGGUGAUCUGGCGCCGAGAGGACGGUCGGAACAUUACCCUGAGGAACGAGCAUCAAGGAGUUAAACUGCUAACAGCGCGAACGUACGAGGGCGAGCAGCUUCAUUUGAGGAACAUUCAACGGCAGGAGAUGGGGUCUUAUCUCUGUAUCGCAUCAAACGGAGUGCCGCCAUCGGUCAGCAAGAGAUAUUACGUCAAUGUUCGUUUCAAACCGCUGAUUAAAGUCACAAACCAGUUAGUGGCGGCGCCCGUCGACAGCGAUGUCCUUCUUCAGUGUUACGUGGAGUCCUCGCCGAAGGCUCUGAACACAUGGUACAGAAAUAAUGGUACAGAUAAAGUGUUUUCAACAGAAUUAUUUCCGAAGACUACUUUAGGAGUGAAAUUGUUGGAGGACGAGAAACAUGACAUAUCAGAAGUAACCAUCAACGAUUAUGCAUAUCAGUUAAAUCUCACUGUCAGGCGACUAGAUCGAUCUGAUUUCGGCACUUACACGUGCUGCGCUGAAAAUGCUUUUGGGAAAGCGGAAGCGUCUAUAAGACUGCAAGAGCUGCAGAUGCCAAAGCCAACGAUAACUUCUCCGCGCAAUACCGAAGUCUUCGAGAAACACGUCUUGCGGAAACAGGCGAAGAAGAAGUACGAGUCUGACCUGACCCCGAAGAACGUGGGCCACACCACGCCGAUAUCUAGGAGAAACUCGUCGAGUUCCUCGCCGAAUAUCGUGAACAAGUCAAGAAAUUCCGCGUUUCCGGCAUCAGCACCGGCACUGGCACCGGCGCAUUCGGCGCCCACGCAACUGGGUGCUCAGAACGGCGUUAGGUCAUCGCGAGAUGCGCGAUUAUGUCACAUCGGCCUCACUGUGGUCGUCCUGUUAAUUUUGAAUUGCGACUAAAAUGAAGAAGAAUAAAAAUCUAUCGCGACUUAAUGAAAUCAUUAAGUUACAACGAAUCGACUGUUCAUCAUGAUUUCGGUCGCUAUAGAGGGUACACAUAGGAUGAAAUUACAUUGAAUUGACAAUGGAAUCGCUUUUUGUUAAAUUUACAUUAAAUUUUACAGAACUAAUAAUACUCACAGGAGAGAACCUGAGAGAUACACGAGGUAUACAUCGAGAGCAUCGGUUUUAUUGUAAAUAAUAAAACAUUUUUAUGACAAUAAAUGUAGUUACGUAUACAUACGAGAAAUAGAUGAUCACGCUGUUAAAAACACACGCUUGUAACUGCCAUCAUUAUUCAGAAUACAUUUAAAAUAUGUAUACAUAAUAUAUUUGCUAAAAUUAAAUUUUUU